AUGUCACUUUUUAGAUUAGAAGAUGUCGCGUUUGAGGUUCGUGGCAAUUACUUUGCAGUGAGCCUGCAUUUGAAUGAGGCCUCCGACAGCAUAGUAGGGGGUUCAGAAAACAGCAAUCCACGUAACCGUUCCGAAAAGUUUAAGUUUUCUCUCUCCAAGAAGACGAGAAGGAUGGCAUUUGAGAAGCGUAUCGAGCGGAUGAAGUCUGACAAGGUGAAGGCUAGUGAGGACAGAAUAGCGACUAUUGAAGCUGAAGAGCUUGGUCUGAGAAGUCCUGAGCUGUAUAUGAGUAUAAUUAACUACGAGAGCUCUAUUCUGCGCUCCUUCUACUCUAGCAGUGCAUACAUCACCGAGAAAACUAAGUUCGAUCUAGGCAGUCCACUCGAGGACUUUGCGAGAAAAUUAGAGAAAACAUAUAGGCCCGUAGCCAGCUCCAAGCAACUCAUCAUUGUUGUCGGCGACAGCAUGAUGAAGGGGAAGGGACACGCCAUCGUGAAUUCCCUCAUCGAGCGCAGUAUUGAUGUUGUCCUAGUCUCGAACGACUCGCAUACCGUCAAGAAAUGUUCCAUCUGCCACUAUAACCUCAAGAGCUGCUACUUACGGGCAGUAGAUGAUGAUGCGAAGAGGAGAGAAUUUAGCGUCGCCCCAAAAGAGGGCUAUGAGUAUGUGGAGCAGCUCAAGCUGUGCGACUCAAACCAAUGCAAGGCGUAUGCGGCCGCGCAGGUGGACCAAAACAACAGGGACAGAGCUUCGUCAUCUAAUGCCCUGUCGCCCUUUCACGAUCUCCGUAUUGUCAACGUCGACGUUAACUGCUAUGUCAAUCGCCUCGUAUUAUGGUCUAACAAAUAUAGACCUUUGUUUAUGUGCAGCAAUAGACGUCAGAGACAUAAAAUCAAGAGCCUCAAGAAAGCUGACAGAGAUGCAGGUAGAGAAUUUGAGAGAAAGCUCGAAUGUUUCUUUGACUAA